AUGGCGGUGACCGUGGCUAUGGCCUUAGACGUGGAUCGGGAGGUGAAGAAGAUUCUUGACGACGGAGAGAUGCUGCGAGGCCUAUUGGGGCUCGCGACGGAAGGCGGAGGAGCAGAAGGAGGAGGCGGAGGAGGCGGCGAAAGAGGGGGAGAAGGGACGGAUGCUCUACAAACAAAAGGAGGCUUGCUGGAUCUGAACGGGAAUGGAGUGCUUGCGCCGGAGAUUCGCGCGUGUUUGGGUCGCAUUGAAGCGAGGUUUGGCGGAGGGGGAAUGACGGUUGAGGCGAUUGAAAAUUGGGUGGAUUCCCAGGUGGAGAGUAAGGGGUUGAGGGGUUCAGGAACGGUGCCAAGUGGUGGAGAAGGAUUGGAUAAGGUGAGCGCCUCGACGGCUGUGGGUGUGGUUGACGGGGCGAGCGAAGCAGGCGAAGUCGAACGAACUCUGAUUGCGGAAGCGGAGCACCUGGGGGAUGCGGCGGCUGUAUCCGCCACUGGCGAAAACUGGUUACCAGGUAAACUGCCGGGUCGCUCUUGCUCGGGGCCUGGCCUGGGGGAUGCUCUUAAAGGAACGCUGCUUCAACUCUUGGAGAAGGAAGAGGCACGGCUGGAAGGAGGAAUCCAACGGCUGGAAAUCGAUUCUGAGCGGAAGAUCUGCGAUCUGAGGGAGGAGAUGGAGCGAGCGGUGAGCGGCGAGGGGAGGAAGCGGGAAGCUGAGCUGGACCGGAUGGUGAAUCUGCUUAUAAAGGAGGCGGCGCACAGGCAACAGCUGGAAGAGGAGAUUAAAGCCGUGCAGGACCAGUGGGCGAGGAAACUCGAGGAGACACGGGCGCAGCAGCAGGCGCAGCAGCUAGAGGAAAUGGCUAGGGUGAGGAGAGAGAUGGAGGAGAUGAGAGAGCAAUGGCAAGCGCAGCAGGCGCAAGCGAACGAAGCGCUGAGAGCAGAGAAGGAAGCGGUGAGGAAGCAGAUGGAGCAGAUGCGCGAGGAGUGGCGCGUGCAGCAGGCACAGGCGAACGAGGCUUUAAUUGGUCCUAUGGAGGAGAUUCGCGAGGAGUGGAGAGCUGCGGGUCUGGGCGGGAGGGUGAAAAGGCUGGAGGAGCGGCUGGACGGGGUGGAGAGCGGUGAGCAGGACAUGGAGAGCCGGAUUCUGCAGAAGGUGUCGGAAAUGCGGGUAGAGGCUGGGUUGGAGGUGGAUCGGGUAGAGAAGAUCGUUAACGAGAAGGUGGAUGGGCUGAAACAGGAGCUAGACGGGAGGAUUGAGGGCAGUCAGCAGAAGGUGGAGCAGUUGGAAGAGCUUUGGAUGGGUGCGGAUGUACCUGGGAUGGUUGCGAGGAUUGAAACGGGGGUGAAGUGUAAUAAGAUUGUGAUUGAAGCGGUGGAUAGGCGGGUGCGGGAGCAGGUGGAGGGGCAGGAGAGGUUAAUGGAGGAGGCUGAGAGGACAGUGAGGAGGGUUGAGGAGAGUGUGGGGGAGAGAGUGAGAAAGGUGGAGGAGAGUAUGGGGGAGAUAGUGGGUAAGGUAGAGGAGAGUGUGAAGAAAAUAGAGGAGAGUGUGGGGGAGAGAGUGAGGAAGCUAGAGGAGAGUGUGGGAGAGAAGGUGGUGAAAUUAGAAGAGGGUAUGGAGGAGAGAGCAAAGAGGGUAGAGGAGAGUGUGAUGGUGGGAGUGAGGAACUUAGAGGAGGUGGUUAAGGAGGUGGAGAAACUUGAAGAGAAGGGUGUACAGGAGAGAGUGGGAGAGGUGGCGGGUAGUGUUGAGGAACGAGUGAAAGAGAUUGAGGGGAAAUUGAAAGAGAGGUUGAAGAAGGUAGAGGAGAGUGUGGAGGAGCGAGUGAGAAAGAUCGAGGGAGGUUUGGGAGAGAGGGCGAGGAAGAUAGAGGAGUGUAUGGAGAAGGUGGGAGAAGCAGAGAAGGGUAUAGAGGAGGGGGUGAAAGGAGCAGAAGCGAGUGUGGAGGAGCGAGUGGGGAGGCUGGAGAGGAGUGUGGAGGAGAGUGUGAGGGAGCUGAGGGAAGAGAUAGACGCUGUGGGACAGCAGGCUGCGGAGGUGGGGAGAGUGGUGUUGGAAAUCAGCAAGGAGAUCAGCAACAAGACUAGCAAGGAGGUUGCAGCAACAGCAACUCCUUCCCAUCAGCAGCAGCAGCAGCAGCAGAUUGAGGCGGUGAUUGCAGUUGGCAGAGUGGUUGCAAAAGUAGCAGCCGAACUUUCCAAAUCGGUCAAAUUUGCCAAAUCCGGCACAGGAAGCGAGGGGGCGGAGGAGGGGAGUGGACUGCUGGAGCAGGUCGUUUUGAUUGGUCGGGAGGUGGCGAGUGUGGGAGCAGCGAUUGCUGCGGGUGUUAAGGAGCAAGAAGGAAGGAAAGAGGAGGUUCAGUGUCUAGAGGAGGUGGUGCUGAUUGGUCGAGAAGUGGCCCACGUGGCAGCAGAAAUUGCCAAGGGUGGAAAAGACCAGAUGAGCGGAAUCAAAUCUGAGGAGAUCAGAUCUUUGAUUGCAGCUGAGCUGGCAGCGGCUGGUGUGGUGCAGCAGCAGCAGCAGCAGCCGGAAGUAGCGGCAGCAGCUUUGAACGAACCUUCCAAGAAGUUGGAGCACCUGCAGAAGCUUCUAGAAGAGCAGCAGCACAAGGCUGACGUGGCAGCCGCUGACGUGGCAUCCACGAUCCAACAGCUGGCGGAUAAAAUCUCUGCGCUGGAGCUGAAGCAGGCGCAGACCACGUCAGCAGCAGCAUCAGCCGCGUCAGCAGCGUCAGCCGCAGUUGCAGUCACCCACGCUGCGUUCCCCCGUGCUGCGUCCGUAGGGGCGAGCGUUCUCACCUCCCCUGGAGGCCCUAAGACGAUCACAGCAGCGGCAGAGGCAGCAGCUGCGAUUGUGGCAGACAGAGGGUGGGUGCAGCAGCAGCUGGCCGAGCAGGAAGUGAAGGUGCGGUGGCGUAUGGAGGCUUUGCAACAAAUGGCGAGUGUUGCCCUGGAGAAGGCGCAUAAGCAGGCUGAAGAGGGCGCUGCGAUUCUUGCAGCUGUGAAAGCAGCAGCAGGCGCAGCGGGAGCAGCAGCAGCAGCAGCAGCAGCAGCAGGGGCUAGUGCAGGGGCGGAGAGGGGGGCAGCGGUAGGGGCAGUGUUAGGGACAACGGCUGGAAAAGAGGAAGGGGCAACUGAAGGGGAAGGGGCAGGGGCGGAGGCAGGAGAAGUGGCAGCGGCAGCAGCAGCAGCAGUGGCGGAGAGAGGGUGGGUGCAGCAGCAGCUGGCAGAGCAAGAGGUAAGGUUUGAGAGGCGCGUGCAGGGGAUGCAGCGGAUAGCAGAGUUUGGCGUCCAGCGGGUGGGACAGCUGGCGGUACGGGCAGCAGAUUUCGACAGUAUGCUGAAGCAGGUCCAAGAGGUGAUGGCGGCGCUGGCUGCGCGAGUGCGGGGGGUGUUGGAGCAGCAGGUUGGGAGAAACGUGGAGAUAGAAGCGCUAGUGGGGUGGAAAGCGAGGAUUGAGGGGGUUUUGGAGCAGCAGGCGAGGAGAAACGCGGAGAUAGAUGUGCUAGUGGCACUGAAAGCGCGGAUUGAGGGGGUUUUGGAGCAGCAGGCGGAGUGGAAUGCUCGUGUUGAUGCGAUGAUGAAGGAGGUGGGGGCGAAGGUUGGAGGGCUGGUGGAAGGGGAGGGUCGCUGUGCCCAGGAGCAAGAAGUGCCUCAAGAACCGCAGCAGCAGGGCAUUCUUGAAACGCCUCAGGACUUAUCAGCCCAAGUGGAGCUGCUACGUGCCCAGGCCCAGGAGCAGCAGGCACAGCUGCUGCAGCUGCAGCGGUCCCUCCACGAGAACGCCAGGCAGCUGGCUCUGCUUGAAAGGGCGUGCCGAGAGAAAGAGAAAGAAAAGGCCGGUGCUGCUGCUGUGACUGUUGAGUCGACUCCAGAGGGGCAAGCGAGGCAAGUGGCUUUGAUGGAAAAAGCGUGCAAGGUGAUGACAGAUGCUGCUGCUGUUCUUGAGUCCACUGAGGUGCCAGCUAGGGGUUGUGAAGAGAGGGCGUGUCAGGAGAAAGCAAGUGCUGCUGUGACUGUUGAGUCGACUCCAGAGGAGCACGCGAGGCAAGUGGCUUUGUUGGAGAGGGCGUGUAAGGUGAUGACAGAUGCUGCUGCGGUUCUUGAGUCUACGGAGGUGUCAGCUAGGGGUUGUGCGGAGAGUAGGGAGCACAAGGAGAGAGUGGGUGCUCUUGAGUCGACACCGCUGGUGUCUGCUAGUGCUUGUGGAGAGGAGGCGGACAUUGCUGCUGCUGUUGUUUCUGAGUCAACACAGGUGUCAGUUUGUGCUUGUGAAGAGAGCAGGGAGUGUAUGGGGAGGAUGGAUGCUCUGGAGUUGACUGAGAAGCAGCAUGCCCAGCAGCUAGCCGUGCUGGAGAGGGUGUGCAGGGAGAAAGCAGAGGCUGCUGCGGCUCUUGAGCUGGCCCAGGAGCAGCACGCGAGGCAGCUUGCUGUGCUUGAAAGAAUCUGUCGGGAGAAGGCAAACGCUGCUGCAACUCUUGAGCUGACGCAGCGGCAGCAUGCGAGGCAGUUGGCCGAUUUGGAAAGGAUGUGCAGAGAGAGGGCGGAGAGUGAAGGUGAGAGGGAGAGGCAGCAGCAUCAGGAGCAGCGGCAGCAGCAGCAGCAGCAGGAGCAGCACGCCAGGCAGUUGGCUGUACUGGAGAGAAUGUGCAGGGAGAAAGCAAAUGCUGCUGCAACUCUUGAGCUGACGCAGAGGCAGCACGCGAGGCAAUUGGCCGAUCUGGAAAGGGUGUGCAGGGAGAGGGUGGAGAGCGAAGGUGAGAGGGAAGGGCAGCAACAGCAAGAGAGUGCCUUGGUGGUGCCUCAGCAGGAAGGGUGGCAGCAGCAGCAGCAGCCGGAGGAGGAGCGCGCAUUGGCAGUGCAGGAACUGCGAAAGAAGUGGGAGGGCAUGAAGAGUGCUGGUGGGAGUGCAACAGGAGUAGCAACAACGGGAGGAGCAGGCACAGGUGCAAGAAUCAACACAGCCACAGGAAGUGUGAGUGGAAAAAUGGCAGGGGUAGGAGGAGCAGGAGCAGCAGGAGGAGGAGCUGGAGAAGCAGGUGGGAAGGCAGGAGAGGAGAAGCAGAACAAAGACUUUGAGCAAUUCCUCCUCCUAGCCCAGCUCCUUCCCCCUCCCAUUCUCUCCUCCAUCUCCUCCCUCCGCUUUGGCUCCUCCGACUCAUCCUGCAAGUCCCUCACUGGCUCCUCCCUCCGCCACGCCACGGCUCUCCCCGGCUUGUCUGGCCUCCACCUUCGGGGAUGCACUGGGGUUACCACGGAGGGGGUGUUACAGAUCGGCCGAUUGACUUCGGUUGACUCGCUUGACCUGAGCUAUACUCCUGUAGGGGAUGCGGGGCUGAGGUGUCUCGAGCCGCUGGUGAUGCUGAGGGAGUUGGAUCUCAGCGAGUGUAACCUGGUAACCGAUCUCGACCUGUCCAACUGCGUGCGAGUGGGGGAGGAGGGCAUCCUGUGCGUGUGUGAGGACAUGCCCUGGCUUGAAGACCUCUGUUUGGAUGGGUGUAAGCUGAGUGAUGCAGGCUUGGAGGCUAUAGGGAGGAUGAGUCGGCUGCGAGUGCUUGAUAUCUCCGGUUCUGCGGUCACUGACGCUGCUCUAGUGCAUCUUUCUCAGCUAAGCGCCAGUGGCAUCGCCUCCUCCCUCACUUCCCUCAAUCUCUCCUGGUCGGGUGUGUCUGACGAGGGGUUGUGCCAGCUGGCGGGGUACGAUUGGCUGGAGGAGCUGCACCUGAGUGGCCCGAACGUGACCCCGCUCGGGCUGAGGCAGGUUCGGGGGCUGCCGAGGCUGAGGAAGGUUCGGCUGUGGUCCGUGACUAGUGAGGUGCUGGCUGCGGCUAGGGAUGUGCUCUUGGGGGUGAUGGUGUAUUGA